CAAACUCAACGAACGGAGAAUCCCAACGAGUCACUUUUGAAUUUGCAUCCUUCCACCAUGAAAUUGUACGCCGCGUUCGUCGUUGCGUCCGCCGCAGCCACCAAUCAGGCCACCAAUCAGUACGUGACCACGUUAUCCGCUGACGAACUCUCGCAACUGAGCGCGGAACUGGCCCAGUGGCGCCAGGACUUUGGUGCUGCCGCUACGGCCCAAGGUCUGCUGCCCCCCGCUGUGGAAAGCCAGAGCCCGUUGGAGGCGGAAACCGACGCGCUCCAGAGAUUCUUCGACAACAAGGUUGCCAUUGAGAUCGCCCGUCGCACCAACCCCAACGCCACGUUCGACAACGACCACCCAUUUGCACUGAUGACAGACGCCGAGUUCAAGAACCACGUAGGCCUGUCGUUCGAGGAAGGUUACAGCGCCUUCCGGUCUCUCCGCACCGCCGACUUAGACGUCUUCGCACCGCGAGCGACGUCCAUGGACUGGACCACCAGCAAGUGCGUCAACCCCGUGCGCAACCAAGGCAAGUGCGCGGGGUGCUGGUUGUUCUCGGCUGUGGGUACUGCCGAGUCGGCCCACUGCCUCGCCACGGGGGAACUCAUCGACUUGUCUGAGCAACAAGUGACCAGCUGCUCCACGAACGGUGGCGGCCAAGGCUGCCAAGGCGGCUGGCCGCACGCAGCCCUUGACUACCUCUCCAGUGGCGGGGGGUGCCUGGAGCAAGACUAUCCGUACACGUCCGGCAGCUCUGGUCAAAGCGGCACAUGCCAGAACUCGUGCUCCAAGAAGAAGCUCAGCUUUGGCGCGACCGUGCGGGUGUCUGGCGAGGCGGCGCUGGUCACGGCGCUGAACACCCAGCCCGUGUCGGUGCUUGUCGAAGGGGGCAACUCCGUGUGGCGAAACUACCGAGGGGGCGUCAUCACGCAAUGCCCGGGAGCACGGUCGGACCACGCCGUCGUUGCCGUGGGCUACGACAGCUCGUCCUACAAGAUCCGCAACUCGUGGGGCGCCAGCUGGGGCGAAGCCGGCUACGUUCGUCUGCAACGCGGUGGGGGUGGCAAGGGCACAUGCAACGUCGUCGAGGGGGUGUCGUUCCCCACCAUAAUCGCCCCCAAGCCAACCGUCUCGCCGCCCACGAAGACCACCACCAAACCAACCAAGCCAACCGUCUCGCCGUCCUCAAAAACCACAAACAUGCCUACCCCACAGGCGGGCUGCGCAACGUGUAGCCGCUGCUAUUACCCCGCUGCAAACUCGUGCUUGGACAGUGUCUUCACCAAGGGCUACUGUGAGUACUUUAAUCAUGGCUUCGGCACUGUGUGGUGCGGCAGCUAAGUUUGGACCGUUGGCCUUGCUUUGGCCUUGUUGAGCAUGUGAAUACGUUGUGUUGUAGUGAGGGUUAAUCAAAUUAAAACGUAACAGUGCAU